AUGAUUUACACUAGUCAGCACGUGCUCGAGUAUCCCAAAGAUCUGACCUUGACAGAACUAUUACUCAACUACAACUUGAACAAUACACCCGACAGCCAUCCAGCAAUAAUUGAUGGCCUCUCGGGCAAAACAACCGUGAUUGGCUUGAAACCCGGUGACGUCGUGGGCAUCCUAUCAACAAAUCGACCUAAACAUGUGCUGGUUGAGCAAGAUCUUCUUUCGCGGCUUUCGAAUGCAAUUCUCAUCACGUCCGACCUCCCACAUAGGCCAACCCUGCAUGUUUGGGAUUCUCUGGAAGCUCACGGCAACAAUGUCGAGGUACUCAGGGUCGAGCACGUACUGCAGCACGGUUCUUCUCAUUUCGAGCCGAGAAGCCUUCCGCCAGGAGCUGCCGCUAACUCUUUGGCUUUUAUUUGCUUCAGCUCCGGCACUUCGGGUCUCGUCAAAGGAGUACAGCUAAGCCAUGGUAAUAUUGUGGCAAACAUUUUCCAGCAAUCAAAAGGGCUAGAAGGGAUGUUCACACCAAAAACUGUUGUGGCUCUCAUCGUGCCUUUCUUUCAUAUUCUGGGCCUCGCUGGAUUCUCGUGCCAAUACGUCUGCCAGGGAACGCCAAUCGUGGCCUUCAAGAGAUUUGAUAUGGGCCCGCUUCUUGCAGCUGUCAAGAAGCAUCGCAUCACACAUAUUAAUGUUGUCCCCCCAAUCGCACUUGAGUUUCUGCGCAACCCGCCUGCUGCGCAGGGAGAUUUCUCAUCUGUGCAGUGUAUGAUGAACGCAGCUGCACCACUGAACCAGAGACAAGCAGAUGAGCUCACAAAAAGGUUCGGCUGCGCCGUCACCCAGUGGUACGGUAUGACAGAGGCCAGCCCCAGUGUGGCCUCACAGCGAGAGAACGAAGUCAACCUCAAAGGAACCAUUGGCAGGCUGCUCCCUGGGAUCGAAAUGCGAAUCAUUGACGAUGACGGAAACGACGCGAAGAUUGGAGAGUUUAUUAUCCGUGGCCCGAACAUCAUGCAGGGAUACGUCAGCAGUGGAAAGGUCGAUAGCCCCAUGACUGCCGAUGGAUUCAUGAAGACCGGAGACAUUGGUUACGUUGAUGAGGACGGAUACCUCUUUAUCGUCGACAGGGCGAAGGAGAUGAUCAAGGUUAAAGGGCAACAAGUCGCUCCCGCUGAACUUGAGGCCAUCCUUAUCACCCACCCAUUAGUGAAUGACGCUGCUGUUUGUGGCGUGUACAAUGACCACGGCACAUCCGAGAUACCUGUCGCUUACAUCACCACUGAUGUAGAGGGCCACCAAGAGCAACAGCGACUUAAAGAAGAUAUCCUCGCACACACAAACUCCAAGGUUGCCAGAUACAAGCAACUUUCGGGAGGCAUUCACAUUCUUGAGGCUAUUCCCAGAAACCCCGCUGGGAAGAUUCUACGACGACUUCUACCAGCAGCAAUUGCCCGCCGUGAAACUCAGGAACGCGCGAGGCUGUGACCUGGUCAUUCGAGGUUUUGCAUUAGAACGUUGUUAAGAUUGGCAAUGUAGAUAGUACAAUGUUUUCUUCAGUCCAAG